UUGCAAAUUUAAUAUUGUUUAACUGCAUUUUCGACAGCCAUGUUGCGCAUCACAGCCGGUAAACUUGGAAACGCCAUCCGUGGCAGCAUUGGCGUGACCUCGUCGCGCGUCGCUGGCGUCCGCGCCCUGCACGGAUCUGAGGAGUCUGCUGAGGACUUCGACAAGCGCUACGAGAAGUACUUCAGCCGCGAGGGUAUCGACGGCUGGGAGAUCCGCAAGGGCAUGAACGAUCUGCUGGGCAUGGAUCUGGUGCCCAGCCCCAAGGUCAUCGAGGCUGGCCUGCGCGGCGCUCGCCGUGUCAACGACAUUGCUCUGGCCAUCAGGUGGCUGGAGGGCUGCAAGGACAAGUGCGGUGACCAAAAGGCCACCCUCUACCCCUACUUGCUGGAGAAAAUCACCCCCACCCUGAAGGAGCUGGGCAUCCCCACCAUCGAGGAGCUGGGCUACGACCAACCAGAACUGGCCCUCAAGUCGGUGUACGACCUCUAAGCAGCGCUACCGAGCUGCCCAUCCACAUAGUAUAAUGAACACGUAAAACGAUACACAAUACCCUCCCGGAGACACUAGCUACACAUCCAAAGAACGGUGCGGAUGAACAUGUUAUUGGAUUGCUAAUAAAAGGAGAUUGGAGUAAGGCUACCACCACA